AUGACGGCUCACAAUUAUGAAUGGAUACCGGGCGAUCCAACGAAACUGUGGGAUACAGUCAGAACUGCCAGAGACGGCCGUUUGGCGAUAGUUUUGCAAAAGUGUUUCCUUGAUACCGUUACGGCACCUACGUUUUCAGGCACUACCAUUUAUGGAACUGUUUUGCUUGAAGGGAAAACAGUGAUCGAAACUCUGCGCGAGUGUUGCACCAAAUUUUCGUCCUUGACGUGUGCACCUGGCCCCCCUUCCAAUUCAUCAACUUUUGAUGUUUGCCCCAUUAAUGGCGCGUCCUUUCAUCCAAGUAAUUUCCACGAAUGUCAUCCAACUUUGCUA